GUCAGUCACCUGGCGGUGAAGGACAGUAAAACAGGGACGGAGAGGGAAAUCUCUGCCUCUCUCUCCCUUCUCUUCUGCAAGAGAUCCACCUCCUGUUUUCCUCCCAACUCUUCCAGCAUAACCUUCAAAGAAGACCAUACCGUACAGACUUUCUUUUAUUUUAUAUAUAUAUAUAUGUAUGUGUAUAUAUACAUUACUAUUAUUAUUACUAUAGACUAUAUUCAGCUGCAUAACAAUUUUUGAGCCUAUGCAGGACUUGGGGGAUUUUGUUAUCUUGCCAGCGAAAUUGUUCAUCGCUAAUGUCUUGCGCUCACAGGGUGCUAAAUUAGCUACCAGACUACUCUGGUAGCAUGACGGAGAAAGGCUUUUAUCAUAAACUGUUCUCUUCAGUUUGAACACAUUUGCUUGAAAUUUGCUGCAUGAUGCUGUCCAGGGAAGAAGGAUUUUUUCCUCGGGAUACAGCGAUUCGCCGGUUUCUGAGCUUAUUGCAGAAGAAAAAAAAUCUUUAAACUGAGUGGAUUUUUUUUUUUCUGUCUCCUUUCAUUGCCAGAGGACGCGAAUCUCUUUCACCAGGGAAGGAUCACCUGUCGCUUUAAUCCUUAAGGGAGUUAUUUUUUAAAAAAGUGAAAUAUUUUAUUUAUUUAUUUAUUUAUUUAAACCGGUGGAGGCGUGAUCGCGGAGAAUGAGACUGAGGGGAGCUGCCACGGUUUGGAGGACAAGGCUGAGUUUAGGCUGGAAACUGACAGACUAGAUUUCCCCCCUCCUCUCCCUUUUUUAUCUCCCCCCCACCUUUGUUCCUCUUCAUUUUUUUGGCACAACUUCCGUAGUUUCCAGUUCGCUCCGUUCAGUUUCGCUCUAUGGACAGAUCAGCUAACCUGGACACGGAGGAGCUCAAGAUGGAUGAAAAGUGGAUAAUUAUAAGUGAGGAAGACAGAAGGCCUGGUGCUGUAAGAACCAUUGCUAUGACACGAGAGCAGUAUAUAUUAGCAACACAACAGAACAGCCUUCCAAGGACUGAACAUCCUCAGUUUUACCCAGUAGGGAUUUAUGGAUGGCGAAAGAGGUGCUUAUACUUCUUUGUCCUUCUGCUGUUGGUUACCAUGAUUGUUAAUUUAGCAAUGACAAUAUGGAUUUUGAAGGUUAUGAAUUUCACAGUGGAUGGAAUGGGAAAUUUGAGAGUCACUAAAAAAGGAAUACGACUUGAAGGAAUAUCUGAAUUUCUACUUCCACUAUAUGUGAAAGAAAUCCAUUCCCGAAAGGAUAGUCCACUGGUCUUACAGUCUGACAGAAAUGUAACAGUGAAUGCAAGAAAUCACAUGGGACAGUUAACUGGACAACUGACUGUAGGGGCUGAUGCUGUGGAAGCUCAGUGUAAGAGAUUUGAAGUGAGAGCAAGUGACAGUGGAAGAGUGUUGUUUUCUGCAGAUGAAGAUGAGAUUGUCAUUGGAGCUGACAGACUGAAAGUAACAGGCACGGAAGGGGCAGUGUUUGGGCACUCUGUGGAGACACCCCAUAUCAGAGCAGAACCUUCCCAAGACCUCAAACUUGAAUCUCCUACUAGAUCUUUGGUGAUGGAAGCACCCAGGGGAGUGCAAGUCAACGCAGCUGCAGGAGACUUAAAGGCUACCUGUAGGAAAGAACUGCACUUACAGUCCACAGAAGGGGAGAUAUUUUUAAACGCAGAUACAAUCCGCCUGGGAAAUCUACCAGUGGGGUCCUUUUCAUCCUCCUCCUCCUUCUCCUCCUCCUCCUCCUCCUCACCCAGCUCUUCAGCUCCUCGCCAGACUAUCUAUGAGCUCUGCGCCUGCCCCAAUGGUAAACUCUACCUGUCCCCAGCAGGAGCAGGCUCCACAUGUCAAUCCAGUAGCAACAUCUGCUUGUGGAGCUAGAAGGACUCAGUUUUAUCCUCACACCAGAAUAGCCUUUGGUUACUAUCCCUCUGCUUCACAGUUCAGUUCUGUUUCCCUUGUGACAAGCCCGACGCUCCAAGCAGCCUGCAGAACAACUUCUUCCACUGUAAGCAGGAGUUCAGCACUGCCUUCUCCUGUGGUUUGUGCUGCCAGUCAGCACAGAGAUGGGAGAGAGAGAUCCACAAAACAAUGUAUUCUUCAUCAGGAAACCAAGAACAUAAGAUCACCUUAUUUUCCAAAAGGGACAAUAACACAGGUGCCUUUGCUACUUGAAGUGAAGCACAUAGUUUUAGAUUUUUGCAGGACCUGGAUAUGAACUGCACAUAAAUAUAUAUCUAGAGAGACAGAGUACAUUAAUUUACCCAGAAUCUGAUGGUGAGAUGAAUUGGUUCCCCCUGUAUGAUAAAUAACUUUACUGUCUGAAAGCACAAUUUUCCAUUCAUCUUUUUGGAAGUAAACUUUUAUCCCUGAAUUUUAAAAUUUUAAAGCAUUGUGUGAUGCUUGCUUUACUAAAAAAAUUCAGUAAAUGGUUUUUAAUACAAAAAGAGACAGAAUUCCUCCCUGAGUUUGGUUUCUUUAAAAAUGUGUUGUUACUAUUUGUCUACUAAGUCUAGGGUUUUGUACACUAGGUAAAUUUUGGAGAUGCUCAGCAAUAUUCCUUUAAAAGUUAAAAAGAAAUGCUCUUGUUCGUCAGAUCUGAAUGACCCUAUAUAAUAUUUUCGUGGCCAUUGCAUGUGAAGCGAUUGCUUUAAGUAGAACAAACAGUUUCUGGAAAAGAAGAACAGGAUAAAGAAGGAAAUUCUGAUUAUAUGUUUAUCAGUGUAUUGCUCUUCACAAAGUUCUUAUAAUUGGCAAAUACAAAACCAAGGGAGAAAUCUUCAAAGGUACAUCUUGCCCAUUUUCUGACUGUGUCUAUCUGCUGCCACUUGAACACAGAACAAACAUUGGUAGUAAUGUAACGUGUGGUGCUGAGAAGCAGUGCACUAACAACUUGUAUGACAUUCACAUUUAUUAUUCUCUUUUGUUUACCAUCUGUUGCUGAGGUUUCAAAGUAAUAGUAGUAUAUAUAAAACCACAUAUUAAACAACAUUCAGUAUUAAAAAGUACAUCAAUAUUACAUUGCCUUUACCAGGUCUUUGUUUAAAUUAUGCACUCAGAUCUCACUACUGACUUUCUUUUUUGCCAAGUUUCAUGUGGGAUUUCUUUCUUGUAUCAAUGUUCAUACUUAUUUGGCUUGAUUGUUAAUUGAAAUCUUAUAAAAAAUGCUUUGGUAUGCUGCUGGUAAAUUUGUCACAGCAUUGAUUAACAAGAGUAUCUUGAAACUUGCAGAACCCAGGAAAGUAAAACAAUAUAAAAAUGUUUCCUAUUGCAGAAGAUGGCUUGAUUGUGUGAGGUAAGUGUGCUUUUUAAUUCUACUAUUUAAAUUACAUCACCUUGCUUGUAUUUUUAGAGGCUUCUGAAUCUAAGGUCACCAAUGAAAUGAGAGCUUUUGCAAAGUAAAUUUAAAGCCAGGGGAGAUGGUACAAGGUGGGUAUUUCUACACACUUUUUAAAAAAAUAUAUUUUUAGAGGAAAAAAAUGAAAAUGAGCAAACUAGUAUGGCGAUUGCCUUGGCAUCUUAUUACCACCUAAUAAGAUUGACUUGGUUUUCACUUCAGGGGAAAUUCACUCCUAUGCAGAAGACCAGCACAAGACGUGUCAACGGCUUGACUGGUGCUUGCCUUACCAUUGGCUCUCUUCAGAGGUGUGAAUUUUACCCCAUAGCAAGA